AUGUCAACCAUUGGGAGUUUUGAAGGAUUCCAGCCUGUGUCUCUGAAGCCCUCUGAGACUGAUCAGCUGUCCACGGAGGAGGGUGACCCAGGCACUGUCUCAGGGCCAAGGCAGACUUCAAGGCCUCCAAGCGUGACUGAAUCAGCACUCUACCCCAGUCCCUAUCACCAGCCUUAUAUCUCACGGAAGUACUUCGUUACACGGCCAGGGGCCAUUGAGACUGCCACGGAAGACUUGAAAGGCCACAUUGCCAAGACUUCUAGAGAGAAAAUUCAAGGCUUCUGGCUCUUGACAGAGAUAGACCGCUGGAACAAUGAGAAGGAGAGGAUUUUGCUGGUCACAGACAGGACUCUCUUGAUCUGCAAAUACGACUUCAUCAUGCUCAGCUGUGUGCAGUUGCAAUGGAUUCCCCUGAGUGCUGUCUAUCGCAUCUGCCUGGGCAAGUUUUCCUUCCCUACAAUGUCACUGGACAAGAGACAAGGAGAAGGCCUUAGGAUCUGCUGGGGAAGUCCAGAGCAGCAGUCACUAUUAUCCUGUUGGAACCCGUGGUCCACUGAGGUGCCUUAUACUACCUUCACUGAACACCUUAUGAAAUACACCAGUGAGAAGUUUCUUGAAAUCUGCAAGUCGUCCGGGUUUAUGUCUAAGCUUGUUCCAGCUAUCCAGAAUGCCCACAGGAAUUCCACUGGAUCUGGAAGAGGAAAGGGAUUGAUGGUGUUAACUGAACCCGUUUUGAUUGAGACCUACACGGGUCUGAUGUCAUUCACUGGAAACUGCAACAAACUUGGCUAUUCCCUUGCCCGGGGGAGUGUUGGUUUUUGA